AGCACCCUUCAAGUACUACAAUAUUCAAUAUCUACCGUACCAUACCACCGCUAAUUCCAACCGUCCAUCCUUUCAUCAUCUCAAAAGUUUCCCUCCUUUAUUUCCCGCCAAAUCCAAAAAGAACCAUCAAAUUCUUCAAUUUUACCUUUUCCCCUUCUAAAAAAAAAAGCCUUCAAAAAUCCCAAACACAAAGCACAAAAAUCGAGAAAAAUGGAGAAAUCCGGCAGCUUCGGCGGUAGUUCAGCGCCUACUGGGUGUUACAAAUGCGGUCGUCCAGGUCAUUGGUCAAGAGAUUGUCCGUCAAAUCCAAACAGUACGGACAAAUCUAAUCUGAAUACUACGAAGUAUGGUUCGAAAACCGGAUCGGAUGAAGGAUCGGGUGCGGGUGCGGGAGAUGGAGGUGAUGGUGGAGUUGGAGCUUCGAAGCCGAAGAAAAUACCGAGGACAAUGCCGAAGUUAACUCCGGAUAUACUUUUAUCUGAUAAAGGACUUGGUUAUGUUCUUAGGCAUUUUCCUCGUGCUUUUAAGUAUCGCUGCCAUGGUCAUGAGGUUGCUGAUUUGGGUCACCUACUUGGCUUAUAUGCUGAAUGGCAUGCGAGUUUACUUCCUUAUUACUCAUUUGAUCAGUUCAUACAUAAGGUGGAAAAACUUGGCGGCUCAAAGAGAGUCAAGGUAUGCAUGAAAGGACUACGAGAUAAGGUUGCCGAUGGGGUGGAUCCUUCAAAGCUGUAUGAGCCACAAGUACACGAACAACAAAUAAAUCGACAGGAAUUCAAGGACUCAGAACCAACUGAUUAUCCAGAAGAUGUGACGCAAAAUCCAAAUCCUAAAGAUUUUCAGGCAAUCAUGCUUAAUGAUUUGUGGGAGAAGGCAAUUGGGGAACCAUCUGAACCAUUCCAUCAAAAAAUUGUUGCUGCCGAUACAUCUUCUGCAGUGAAAGAUACAGUAAAUCAGGCUCCAGAUAAUGUAUCAAAAAGUUCUGGGGUUAUCCAGAUCUCGGAAGAACAAAGAGCUCGGAUGGAGGCUAAUAAGUUGAAGGCAUUACAGAGAGCUGCUGCUCGAAAAUCUACAUAGCUUACAUAGAGCUCCAUAGAAGUUUCUAAGUUACUGUAUCCUAUUGUAAAUUGCUCAUGAGUUCUUUUUUUUAAAGUUAUGUGCUUAAAAGUACUUUGUGGGUGAUGUUAGUUCAUAGUAUUACGUGUGAUUGUCUUGUUUCUUUUAUUAUCUAGUGGUGUUUACUCCA